GCUUGACAAAAUAAAUUUUAAAAGGGAAGGAAAACUUAUUUAUUAAGUAUCAUCAAAGAAAAAAAAAUAUUUUCAAAAGGAAAAAGAUGUUGAGUCUUUUGAAAAGCCCUCGAAUUCAUAAGGCUGGAAAGAAUGUAACGGUUUUCGGCACAAAUUUAUCCGACACACGCUAUAAGUCAUGGCUUGCAGGUGUGAAAAUGGCACCGCCGGACGCUAUACUCGGCAUCACGGAGGCUUUCUUGAAGGACGAAAACCCCAGAAAAGUUAAUUUAGGCGUAGGCGCAUAUCGUGAUGAUGAUAACAAGCCAUGGGUGUUGCCCAGUGUAAAAGAGGCUGAAAAACGUGUGAUUACCCAAAGAAUGAAUAAGGAAUAUGCGCCUAUACAUGGUUUGACAGCGUUUUAUAACAAAUCCAUAGAGCUGGCGUUGGGACCAGAUGCAGAAAUCUUGAUGAAUAAACGCAAUGCCACCGUACAGAGCCUCAGCGGUACGGGUGCUUUACGCAUAGGAGCCGCAUUUUUAGGACUCUUCUGGAAGGGUGAACGCAUGGUUUAUUUACCCACCCCCACUUGGCCCAAUCAUAGACCAAUCUUUAUGCAUUCUGGACUGAAAGUAGCCAACUAUAGUUAUUACGAUCCGAAUACGCGUGCGCUAAAUGAGCAAGGUCUCCACGAAUCGUUGUGUAAAAUACCCGAAAAGUCAAUUGUAUUGCUGCACGCCUGCGCACACAAUCCGACCGGUGUGGAUCCAACUGAGGAUCAGUGGUGUGAGAUAUCGUGUAUAAUGAAGGAACGUCAUCUCUAUCCUUUCUUCGAUUUGGCGUAUUUAGGUUUCGCCAGCGGUAAUAUUAACAAGGAUGCGUUGGCGUUGCGUAUUUUUGCCGCUGACGGACAUCAAUUUUGUUUAGCACAAAGUUAUGCCAAAAAUAUGGGUCUUUACGGUGAACGUGUAGGCUCACUGACUAUCGUUUGCUCCACUAAAGACGAAGCUGAGCGUGUACAUUCAAAUUUGAAGACGAUCAUACGUCCAAUGUACUCAAAUCCACCAGUACAUGGUGCACGUAUUGCAUUAGAGAUUUUCAAGGAUGAUAAACUCUUUUGUUUAUGGCUGGAGGACUUAAAAGUUAUGGCUAAUCGUACAAUAGCCAUGCGUAAACAGUUGACGGAGAAAUUAAUUUCACUCGGCUCCACGCACUCUUGGGAGCAUAUUACCAAUCAAAUAGGCAUGUUUUCUUACACAGGUCUGAAGGCAGAGCAAGUGGCACGCUUAACAAAGGAAUACAGUAUUUAUAUGACAAAGGAUGGGCGCAUUGCUAUAGUGGGUUUGACCACGAAGAAUGUCGAUUAUGUGGCUGAGGCUAUUCACGCUGUUACGAAAUAAUUAGUCUAGAUUUGAUUUCAUUGUAUUGGUUUAUGGUUAAAUUAACUUUCAAUUAAACUAAUGAAUAUUUAA